AUGUCUACAACUACAAUUCAAGCUACAUAUAUGAAUCGAAGUCAAGGAUUAUCAUCAUCCGCAUUGAAGUCAUUGUCAGAUUCUCUUAUCUUACUUCAAAAGGAUAUUAAUAAUUAUUUUACAUUUAAAUUACAUGAAUUACGUGAGACAAAUUUGGAUAUUAAUGAAGAAGAGAAUGAUGAUGAUGAAUUAACCAAAGAAUAA